AUGGGAUAUAAGAUAUAUUCUAACUCUGACUUAGUUCAAACAGUAACAUGGGCAAACUAUGAAUGGUUCGCUUUAAGAAACUCAGUACAACCACAAGCUAGAGAACAAACAGACCAGUAUGCAACUAUUGAGAAAAUAAGAAGACUUGACCCUAACGUUCCAGGAGUUUAUGUUAACCUUUCUGGUUCAGAUGGAACUGCUGCCACUAAAGUAAAACUGAAACUUAGAGUUCCUUUGUCAUCUUUCCUCAUCUUCAGGUUUUUAAGAUACUUGCCAAACUGGGCAGGAAAAAUUUCUAUCGAACUUACUCCAAGCAAAAAUAACUUAGUCAUUGCACCAACACAAGACCCAUUCACUCUUACAGACGUAAAGGGAACAAAUAAAACGUCAUUCGCCGAAUUUUGCAAAGACAAAGUUGACUUAGACUUUGGUUUCUCAAACCUCAACACUGAAGUAAACUAUUAUUUCAAUGCUGCUGGAGAUGCUUGGGACCCAGUUAAGUUCACAUGCGAAAAAUUUGAAUGCAAGAGAAUAGAAAGCAGACUUGCAGUCUAUAUGUUGGACCCAGAUAUUUCAAAUGCUUUAGCUGCCAAAUAUAUUGCAGUUCCACUUAUGUUCCCUAUACACCAAAUAUCUGUCAAAGACUUUGCAGGUGAAGUUGGAAACCAAAGUGCUGACCCAGGUGCAAGAACAGAUAUUGCCUUAACAACUGCAAUGAAACAUGCAGAUACUAUGUUUGUUCUUUUCAGACGAACUAUAAAUGACUAUUCUUGUUUCUACAACCCUGGUAUUAAAUAUCAUAUAAACAUAGAUGGCAAAUAUUAUCCAAGAGAAGAAUAUUCUACAGUUGAGGAUAUGAGGUCAUACAACUUGACAUUAGAUGCUAUGAACUUUAACAACAACUUCACAACAACCAUUAACCCUGAAAUGCAAAGUUCUAUUAUGCCAUAU